UACACCAGAAAUGUGGAAUUUGUUGUCGCUAUGAAAGUUCUGUCCACAUUUCUGAUGUGUCUCCUCUCCCAGGUCUCCUGUGUCUCCUGAUCACAUCUGUGUCAUCCGGACCGGUGUAUGUACAGAGCGGAGCGGACAUCACGGGAUGUGGUAUGACGUGUUCUGGACCUGAUGAUGAAGUCACUUGGGAGCUGUACAGACAUUGUGGAGGGAAGGAGAAGACAUUGCUGGAACGUCACUGUUAUUACAGCAAAACUAUAUCACAUGACCCCAGACUUCACCUGGACACAAGGAGCGGCUGCUGGAAGCUGACACCGGCCAGGAAGGAUGAUUCCUGUGUGUAUAAGAUCUGGUGUUACUGUGCUCCAAAUUAUCUACUGUCCUCUACAGACAUCCGUGUGCUGGAUCCGAUUCUCAUCUCCAACAUAACCAGUAACUGCAGCCGGCUGGGUCAGGACAUCGCUGUGAGCGUCCAGUACUCUGGAGAAGAGAGCGCUGUGACCUGGGAGGUGGACGGGGAGCCUCUUCCUGAGAGAUACCGGCUGAUAGAUGACAAUAGGACGCUGAUUAUCCCCAGUGUGCAGAGAGACGACGCCGAGAGGACAUUCCGGGUCAGGAUCACAAACCCGGUCAGUGAGGAGACCCGGGACCACCGGCUGGAGAUCAGAGAUUCCGAUUCAUAUAGAGGAAGGCCGGGUCUCAUUGUUGGUCUCGUUGUUGGUGUCUCGGGAAUAUCGGCAGCAGUGAUUUACAUCGUAUAUCUGAUCCAUUCCAGGAAGAAAGAGAAGAGCAAUCUAUAUGACACGGAGAGCGGGGCUGUGACCACUCUACAGAACGGAUCUUUGCCUCUCACCGCCCAGAGCGGAUCUCUGUCCUCUAUAGAGAAUGGACAUGUGUCUGUGACAGGAUAUGGACCAGUAUCUAAUGACCUGGCAGAUCCAAUUAUUGAUGAAACUGAAGAGAACGUAUAG